CUGAACUCUCAUCUCCUCUGAUUGACUGAUUCUAAUCCAGAGCUUGCCAUCACAUUCACAGAGACCGAAACUCAAUUGUCGUCGUCGUCGUCUCUCUCCGAGAUUCACUUUCUCAGUUUCAUGGCUAGGGUUUCGUCAGAACCAUCGGCCAGGCCGUCAAUGGCGUCCACGAUCAAAGCCUACUCGGUGCCUCUCAUUCUCUUCGCUGCCGCUAUCUGCUUCCAGCUCUUUGUAAUUCCCAAGUCCUUCCCUACCUCUCAUUACGACGUUAUGGGAAUCAAGAGGUCCAGCUCUGUCGAAGAAGUGGAGGCGGCCUAUGAGAAGCUUUCAUCCAAGUGGAAUUCAGGCAAUGAAGUUCCUAGUACUUCUGAUUUCGUAAAGAUUCGAUAUGCUUAUGAAUUGCUAAAAAAUCCUCUAUGGAAAAGGAACUACGACAUAUUUGGCAUUGAGGAGCAUCUUGAACUUAUUGAAAAGGUUAAAGCGCAAUAUGCUGGUGAAAGUUUUUCAAAAGUAGAACUUCCUCUGUUAGAUGAUACUGCUUCAGAUCCUGAAGAUUUUACUCUAAAUGUCAUCACCUCCAAUGAUUUUCAGUCUAUUUUGCAGAAUCCUGAGCCUAGGCUAAUUCAGUUGUUUUCAUUUGGGAGCAAACGAUGUGCUCAAUUUUCGGAUGUGUGGAAAAGAAUUGUUGCUUUGUUGGAUGGAAUAGCAAAUACUGGUGCGGUGGAAUUUGGUGACCUUCAACUUACGGCAUACCUUGCUGAGAAAAAACCAACAGGCCAACCUUUCUUUAGGAAUGGCCUUCCUUGUCUUGUUGCUUUCCCCCCUGGUUGUAAAACUGUCGAUUGUCUUAUAAGGUUUGAAGGGGGGCUUUCAGUAGAUGCAGUUACAGAUUGGUUUGCAACAACAGUACUCAGUUUACCUCGAAUUCUUUACUACACAAGGGACACACUGGUACCAAAUUUUCUGGCGAAAAGUAGUCCUCAUAAGGUGAAAGUCAUUUUCUUCUCAAAAACAGGGGAGCGUGCUGCUCCAUUUGUACGUCAAGCUGCUAAAGAUUACUGGUUGUAUGCCUCUUUUGCUUUUGUACUAUGGCAAGAGGAAGACUCUUCCUUUUGGUGGAAUGGGUUAGGGGUGGAGUCUGCACCUGCUGUAGUAUUUUUGAAAGAUCCGGGUGUCAAACCUCUUGUUUACUAUGGUUCGCUCAACCAUUCGUGGUUUUCAAAUAUUAUGGAACAGAAUAAGCAGCAAGAGCUUCCUCAACUAAGGAGCGUGACGUCAAUGGAGCUGGGUUGUGAUGCUCGAGGCUAUUCUCGUGCAGGGGUGGAUACCACGACUUGGUACUGUGCUAUUUUAGUAGGAAGGUCUGGGCCUGAACUUGACAAAAUGCGUGAAACCAUGCGCAGGGUUCAGGAAUUAUUGUCAAAUGACAGUGAGUUGAAGGCAGCUGAUGAAGAUGAAUCCUUCACUCCAGCAGCAGUAGCCCUAACUAGCAAGCGGUUGACUUUUGCUUGGCUUGAUGGGGAAGCCCAAAAGAGUUUUUGCUUCUUCUGCCUCCAUUCUGAUGUUGGCUCUGAAACUAUUUAUGAAACUUGUGGACCGAAGAGAGAUCUGACUGAUGCACCCCGUUUAUUCAUUGUGCGUUACAAAAGAAAUUCUACCGAGGAUGAUAUGAAAGUUGAGAGAAAGCCAAAGAGUAUAUGGGAUACAUUACAAGGUGAUGAUCUGGAUCCUGCAUCACAGCUUGUGGCGAGAUACAAGGGUUCAGGUGAAACUUUACAGAUUAUUGAGUGGAUCUCAGGAAUAAUCAAAGACGGUGACUUCAGGGAUCUUCCAUCAUUUAGAACAAAAACUCCUGAGCUUGUUCCCGAGGAUUCUGAACCUAUCUGGUUUACAGGCGCUCAAAAAAUUCUUUCAGCAAACACGAUGAAGCAAAGGAUUCGUAGCAUCAUAAGGGGAAUCUAUGAUCGUGUAGGAGAUCCAAGGAAUGGUCCAUUCUUGCUUCUAGGAGCAUUAUUGUCUUUUGGUACCAUCUGGCUACGGAGGAGUCAACAAACUCAUUCAAGUCGGUCAAAUCAACCAAGUGAACCAGGAAAGGAUGAAAGCAGGCCGAAAAAGAGAGACAGGGCUAGAACUGUGUCAAAUAAGGAUCAACCUCCUUCCAUGACUGAUGCGGCACCAAACGAUGCAUUCGAGAUCCCACUACCUGACUCUGACUCCGAGUAACAGAUGCUGCUCAAGAAAUGGAUCCAUUAGCUACUGUAGAAAAUUAUGAGUUUAUGACCAUAUUAUGAGAACCACUCGUACCUUACCUGUUCAUGAUUUUUAACCUUAUCUAAAAUUGUUGGCCUAAAAGAUUAGUUGACGGCCCUUGGCAUCAGUA